AUGACCAAUAACAUUGUAGUUCUGGGCGCUGGUGUAUCUGGUUUGACCACCGCAUAUCUGCUGUCGCAAGACCCCGACAACAAGAUCACUGUGCUGGCAAAACAUAUGCCUGGUGACUAUGAUAUCGAAUAUGCGUCCCCAUGGGCCGGUGCCAACUAUAUGCCGGUAGGAAAGGAGGGAAGUGCUCAUGAGAAAUACGAGCGCGAGACCUGGCCAGCAUUGAAAGAAAUUACGGAUAAAUACCCCGAGGCUGGUAUUCAUUUCCGAGGCACCUUGAUCUACAACCGAAAGAAGGAUCAGGAAUCAGACACCGGGAAGUGGUUCUCGGAAUUGACUCAGCCAAACCCGUGGUUCAAAGAUGUCGUGCCUGAUUUCAAAAACGUUCCCUCCGAUCAAUUGCCUUCCGGAAUGGACAAUGGGCAGGAGUUCACAUCCGUCUGCAUCAACACUGCCGUCUACCUGCCGUGGUUGGUCGGUCAGUGCAUCAAGAACGGCGCGGUCUUCAAGCGAGCUGUGUUUAAGCAUAUCGCCGACGCGGCCAACGCCCACCACACAGGACAGAAAGCAGAUGUGGUGAUCAACUGCACCGGUCUAUCAUCUAAGACCCUUGGCGGUGUUCUCGAUGACAAGAUGUACCCCGCGCGUGGCCAGAUCGUCGUGGUCCGCAACGACCCCGGUCCCAUGAUGUCGACAUCUGGCACUGACGACGGAGAAGCUGAGGCGUUGUACAUUAUGACCCGUGCUGCAGGUGGUGGCACAAUCCUCGGUGGCUCUUAUCAAAAGCACAACUGGGAUCCAUUGCCAGAUAUGAACCUUGCGAAUCGCAUCAUGAAGCGUUGCAUCGACGUCUGCCCCAGUUUGGUUAAGAAGGGACAGGGAAUCGAGGGAUUGGAUAUCAUCCGCCAUGGUGUCGGCCUGCGACCUCUGAGAGAGGGUGGUACUCGCAUUGAAAAGGACAAGGUUGACGGUGUAGCGGUCGUGCACAACUACGGCCAUGGAGGAUUUGGCUAUCAGGCCUCCUUCGGCUGUGCAUAUGCCGCUGUGUCUUUGGUCAAGGAGGUCCUGCAGAACAAAUCUCGCGCUAAGCUGAUUUCUUGCUCAGCACAUAUGUCCAAAGAAGCAGCCCUGAAGAUCGACAAAGUCCUGAAUGAGUUCGGUAGAUCUCCUCUACAUGGCACAGUACUUGCCGACUCGCUAAAUGCCAGUCCUGAGAUACUGUUGGCGAUGCUCCUGGAUGCCCUGAUCAAAGCAAAGCCAAUCUCUCACGAGUUGACGAAGAAAACUAUCAAAAAACUAAUUGAAGCCGACUACCAUAACAUCGACGUACUUUCCGACACUACGUGGGAAGAUCGAACAAUGGUCUUGCAAGCAGGGGGGUACAACCGGUAUCGAGAGCAGGGUGCUACCAAUCUCGGUGAGCUUGCGGAGCUGGUUGUUGAGAAAUACGAUGGGGAUCUAAAUAAUCUCCUCAAGCAGGCAAACGGUAAAAUCGACAAAGCUGGACUAUUGCUGAAGGAGAUCAAGGGAAUGGGUGACCUGGCGGUGGAGGUAUUUUUCAACAGUGCUCAGAGCGUAUGGCCGAGCAUUGCUCCUUCUGUCGAUUCACGGAGCUUGAAGACUGCAGCAGAGAUCGGGAUUGGAACCGAUUUAGAUGAAAUAUACAAUGCACUAGAUAGAGACCCCAUGCGCAUGAGUUGGUUCGCUAAUGGUCUCUCAGAGGUCCGACUGGAGAAAAGGCAAAGGGAAAUUGAGGAAGUUUGA